GAGCGGCCGCCAGGAUGCGCUACGCGGACCCCUCGGCCAACCGGGAUUUGUUGGGGAACCGAACUUUACUCUUCAUUUUCAUCUGCGCCUUCGCCUUGGUGACCUUGCUGCAACAGAUCCUGUACGGCCGAAACUACAUCAAGAGAGGCCCUCACUUUGGUUGGCAGAGUGGUGACCAGCUGGCCAAUUGGACGGGGCUCCCUAAUGUCACGGACGACCCAGCAGUGCAGAGCGGCAGUGACUCCAGCUCCAGGUACUUUGAAUUUUACGAGGGCCCAUUUGAAUAUAAUUCCACAAGAUGUCUGGAGCUGAGGCACGAAAUCUUGGAAGUAAAGGUGCUGUCCAUGGUGAAGCAGUCGGAGCUGUUCGACAGAUGGAAGAGCCUGCAGAUGUGCCGAUGGGCGAUGAAUAUUUCUGAGGCCAACCAGUUCAAGUCCACUCUGUCCCGGUGCUGCAAUGCCCCCUCCUUCCUCUUCACCACUCAGAAGAACACGCCCCUGGGGACCAAGCUCAAGUAUGAAGUGGACACCAGCGGCAUCUACCAUAUCAACCAGGAGAUCUUCCGCAUGUUUCCCAAGGACAUGCCCUACUACCGGUCCCAGUUUAAGAAGUGUGCAGUGGUGGGCAAUGGAGGCAUCCUAAAGAACAGCCGCUGUGGGAGAGAGAUCAACAGUGCUGACUUUGUCUUCCGGUGCAACCUACCCCCCAUCUCAGAGAAGUACACCAUGGAUGUGGGGGUGAAGACGGAUGUGGUCACUGUGAACCCCAGCAUCAUCACAGAGAGGUUCCACAAGUUGGAGAAGUGGCGGCGGCCCUUCUACCGGGUGCUGCAGGUGUACGAGAACGCGUCGGUGCUGCUGCCGGCCUUCUACAACACGCGCAACACCGACGUGUCCAUCCGCGUCAAGUACGUGCUGGACGACUUCGAGUCCCCACAGGCCGUGUACUACUUCCACCCGCAGUACUUGGUCAACGUGUCGCGCUACUGGCUCAGCCUGGGGGUGCGCGCCAAGCGCAUCAGCACCGGCCUCAUCUUGGCCACGGCGGCGCUCGAGCUCUGCGAGGAAGUGCACCUGUUCGGCUUCUGGGCCUUCCCCAUGAACCCCUCGGGCCUCUACAUCACCCACCACUACUACGACAACGUCAAGCCCCGCCCCGGCUUCCACGCCAUGCCCUCCGAGAUCUUCAACUUCCUGCACCUGCACAGCCGGGGCAUCCUGCGCGUGCACACAGGCACCUGCAGCUGCUGCUGAGGGCGGUGCCCGCUGGCCCGCCACCGGCCACCCCUGCGCGAGCAGAACCGCGCUCCUCCCCUUCCUCCUCUCCUUCCUGCGCCGGGCAGUGUGGGGGGCGCCUGGCGUUGGGGCUGUCACUACCUCGGGGCGUUCAGCUUCCUUUUUGGGUGAGUGGGCCAGGAGGCAGGGAUGGGGAGGCCCCGGGUAGAAUCGGCUCUGUGCUAAGCAUCCUGGCCUCGGCUGGCAGGGGCAGGGGUGUCCCCGUGUCCCCACCCUGCCCACUGGGAGCAUGCUGCUGAGCCAAGCCUCAAGAUGGGGCCUUGGGGGUUGCAAGUGACUAAAGCACAUUUGCACUUAAUUUUAGCAUUCGGGAAAGCACACACUGUAGUGGCCUUGCCACUGCUGAGGGAAGGCCCUGAAGGACAGAAAAGAGGGAGACUGAACAUGUGAGCAACGGUCAAGAUUUGGCUUCCUGAGUUUUAUCUGAGGCCCCAGCCGUGAUUUGCUAUCUAGAGUCUCUGAGCUUACAGAUCUACCCAGCAGCUGGACCUUCCCAUGAAGACAGAUACAGUGGCUUAGGGAGGUCCAGGGUUUAAUCAAGGUCACUCCAGCUGAUGUAAGUCCCUUAAGUGACACCAUGAGAUGUAAUUCAAGCCCCGUGUCUUAGCAUCUUCGCCUCAACACUCUCAGCUGAGAGCCACGCUCUUUCACACGCAUCCUCAGACACACACACACAGUCUCGGCACCUCCAAGUCCAAUCCUGUGUCUGAUCCUCCUAAUGACAAGGACCAGCCAUUUGCACGAAGGUUUUCAGGUCAAUGGUAUUGACUUAAUCCGUGCUUCACAAUAUGCUUCCUCUCCCGUCUCCUUAUUUUCAGCUCUAUUUUAACCAGGAGUUAUUUAUAAGAUCCCUUCCUCUUUCUGUUCCCGAAUCCUGCGGAAUCCUGCUGCAUUGUGUUCCUGAGCUGAAACUCUAGGCUCCAGGCUGGAAAGCGCUGAGAUGUGACUGAUGAGCUUCGCAGAUGGAAGUGCCUCACGGCCUCCAACACCAGCAUCACUGAGGGUUCCACUGUGAAGGCAGGACUUCCUGCAUCAUGCAACCUGGUGGCCUCCCCACCCAUGGACCCCCGGAGCCUGUGCUUUGGGAAUUUAACUGUGCCUGGGCUGAAAGGAGUUAGCAUGGCAUUUCGCCUCUGAAGUUCAGUGUCUUUGCUUCCCGCAUGCUGUCUGGGCCAUCAGUGUGGUCCUACCUGAUAGACACCCACGGAGACUUGCCUUAGAACCUAGCUUCGGGGAAUGUUAGUUCUGGAGGACCUCAGGCCCCUCCUGCCUUUUCUCAGAAGCCUAUUCUGCUUGGGUCUGGGGGUGGCUUGGGAAGACAGGAUGACCAAUAAAGGCAGAGUCACUGUCCUCUCGGGGUGGAGGGCAUACCCCAGCCCAGCCCAAGGAGGGCAAGGAGCUGUGAGGUGUCAGCUGGGAGUGGGGAGCACAAUCUGGUGACUGCAUUUUAUAGGCAGAGAAGCAGGCCCAGCCAGGGAGAGACAGAGGAGAGCAUGGGCUCAGCCCUGGGCUUCCAGGCUGCUGGUCCAGGGCUCCUUUCUUGGCUAAUCCCUUGGUUUGGGCUUGUGUUUCCUGGAGGGCAUGCUCCAUGCACAACCCUGUUCUGGAGGCUGACCUUCCACCUUUGUUCUGAGCCCUGGUCCUCACUGGGCAAGCCUUGGGCUGCUUGUCUGUAGAGCAGGGAAGUAGCCAGUGAGACAAACUAGACCCUAGUGAGCCAUACACUGGGAAAAGCUGUGCAAGCCUGGGGAUGACCAGGCUUUCUUGGGCUCUGUCUGUCCCUCCCAAGGAAGAUACUUCUCGGGAAGGUUCCAGUUAGCUGAGGUUUCCAUCUGCAUGUUUGUGGUUAAUUGAGCCCAGUUCUUGAAACUGUGGAAUGUCAGAACUGUGAGGCUCCUAGAGACCAUUUUGUCUCAUUUAAGGAGACAGACCUAGAAAGAGGGGUGACCUACUGAACAGAGCCCCUGGGUGACACUUCUGUUCCAAGUGUGUUGGGGGCAGGAGCCGUGGCAAUCAGACAUCAGGAUUCCCACUGCUUGGGGGUGCCGUGGGUUGGUGUCUGCCCCAGCAGGGCCCUUGUAGGAGCGGGGGAUAGAAUGUCAUGAUUCACUCCAUAGAGGAGUCAGGACUCAUGGUCCCAUUUCUGCCUGUGGGUAUUAGGGCGAGUCUCUUCUCUCACCACAGACCUAUUGCCUCAUCUUUACAAUUAGAGGCUUACGAAAGAUCUCUAGGGUCUUUACAACCUCUAAUUUGUUUUUGGAGGCAUCCCUGAUAUACAGAUCUGAGCCACAAGUAGUGUUUACUAUUAUAACAGCUAACAUUCAGUGUGCUCUCAUUCUAUGUCAGGCCCAGCACAUUUCUUUGCAAUUAUCUCCUGUGGUCCUCACAAGACCCCUUAGGUAAGGAGGCUCCUACUGGAGGCUCACAGUGAUCUAGUGACUUGCCCAUGGUCAGGCACCCAAUGGAGGCGAUCGCACCCAGGUUUGUGGAACCCCAAAGCCUAUGCUCGUCUGUCUCAGCUGCUUCUCAGCCAGUGUCAUGAGGGCUGGAACAAGAGGGAUCCUGAUGGAGGUGCCUCUGCAGGGUGUUACUGGGCCCUGCUCCAGGGACAAAUGCUCUGGGAGGCUGUCCUGGGUCCGGAGGCAGUCUCUGCUUGGAGGUGUCCCCCACCCGCAUCCACUGUAGCAACACUCACCCACCCGUGGUAGAAUGGGUGCCACUCCAGCCCUGCAGGGAGCUGAGAUCAUCUCUACAUUUUGUAGGUGAGGGGAGAUGCCCAGAAAGCAUACAUGUUAGGUGACAACAUGUUGAGUGACUUGCCCAAGUCCCAUGGCCAGCGAGUGCCUCAGUUGGGACUCAUCCAGUCUCCUGACUUCCAGGCCAUGCUUGUUCUCCUGCAGUCGGUGUUUGUGGGAAAAACAUUGUGUUCAAAGGCUCCAAGGGAUGUGGGCCUUGACUCAGGAAGCCCCCUGCUCUGUUCCCUGCUCCUCCAACUCCGUACCAUGGGGUAAUGCAGACUACCAGUUAAAUUCUCAUUUGAGGGAAAUCGAUUUCCCACAAAUAAAACAACCCUCAUGUC